GAAUUAAUUGGAGUAAAAUAAGAAAUAUUAUAUUCUAAAUAUUAUAUUUUUCUUUCUUGUCAGAGUUAAAUUUUUAACUACAUUGUAGAGAAGUAUCUCGCCUUCCUUGCUCCGGUCUAGUCACCCUAAAAAGAUUCUUCAGGAAGCUGGAUCGAGAAUGGUUUGCUGUAGUUUAAUAAUUUUCUAUUUCUCGCUUGUCCUCCCACGAAGUAUCAAACUAAAUAUCGUGAAAUUGAAGCCAGAAAGAAUCAGCCUUUUACGAAAAGAAAUAGUCCUUCAAGUUUGAAAACCUCCAAAGGCACAUCGCCAGAUAGAUAAAGCAACUUUCGGAUUCUCUCCAUCGAGGAGAUCCGAUAAGGAGAUACCUCGUCGCCUCGUGGCCUCUGAGCUCACAACGCACAAAAAGUCCGAUCAGUGAUAGCCUCUCCACGGUCGUGGAGACAUUGGAGAGUGGCCUAGACUGGCCGGACGCGCUGACGAGCCUCGCGAGGCGCCAGAUACCGAUCUGCGGGGAGAUUCAUUACAUCAUCCGGCGUGAAGCGUGAUGUGUAAAGUCACCGCGUGAUUGGGAAGCUGUUGAUACGGCAUCUACUAUCAAUAGUAUUGUGUUCUUCGAGAUCUCUCCCGAGAUCGGAGUUCUCUUAUCGUUUCUCUUAUAAUUAGAAGCGUCUCUCCCUUAUUCGGCAAAACUGAAAGUAUUCUGAUAAUCGCGCGUGUGUGAGAAGUACUCGUCCUCGAGUAGAAUUAAUACGAUUGACGACUCUUCGCCGAGCGUACCGCACGGAACGUGAUCUCACAUUCUGUUUCGCGCACGUGUCGGCUGCCUGCUAGAGUGCGAGCUCGCACACGGCUCGCACUACUCGAGCCCGGUUGUUUGUACGAAGAGAGGAUUUCGAGUGACGUUGUAAGGAGCUGGUGCCGUCGUCGUACGAUCGCAGAUCCUCCGAGAUCACCCCUUUCGAUCGUCACCGAUCAUGAUCGCCGCGGAUGACAGGAUCGUGCGCGCUUCCACGCGCGAGACGAUCGAGCUGCAUUUUCUGUCCUUCGUCUACGGCCUGUACCUGAUAGUCCGACGGUUCCUUAGAUGGAUAUGGGACCCCAAGAAGUUCUUCAUGUUGCAGCAACGGGACCAGCCGCCGCCGUGUCUGGUCGAUAACAGCCUCGGCACGCAUUCCUACGUCAAGAUCAAGGGUGUUAAAUUCCACUACGUAGAAGCGGGAGACAAGAGUAAACCGCUCGUGUUAUUAUUGCAUGGAUUCCCGGACUGUUGGUUAACUUGGAGGAAACAAAUCCCAUGUCUCGCGGAACACUACAGAGUAGUGGCUAUAGAUUUAAAGGGAUUCGGCGACAGCGACAAGCCGCUCAACAAACGAUCUUACAAGGUCGAAAUUUUAAUAAACGAGUUGAAACAAUUCAUUUUGACUCUCGGCGUGAAGACGUGUAAUAUAAUCGGCCAUGAUCUAGGAGGACUUCUGGGGUGGUACAUGGUCACUCUGCACAGAGACAUCGUUUCCAAAUUCGUAGCCAUUUCGAGUCCGCAUCCCAAUUUUUAUUGGAAUCGAGUAUCAGGAAAUUCCGCGUUAGAUAGAAAGUGGAUACAUUUCAGCAGACUACCAUUUCUGCCAGAAAUAGAUGCGCUUAAAGAGGAUUUGUCUAUUAUUAACGAUAUAUUUCAACAUCUUCAAAUAUCUCAGGAUAGCACGGAGAAAAGUUAUGUCGAGGCAUAUAAAUAUGCCUUCAGUAGGAAAGAAGACUGGACAGGACCGAUUAAUUAUUAUCGCAACCUUCAGUUUACAAAACUGAAUAUAGAUAGUGGCGAACAAAUUGAUAAUAAAACGCUGCUUCUAGUCGGAAAUAUGGAUCCUUUUGUAACAAUAGAAAGUAUUAUUCAAAGUGCCGAGCACGUAGAAGUGUCGAGGGUCAAAAUCAUAUCAGAGGCGCAGCAUUUUCCGCAUCAAGAAAAAUCAGACGCCGUAAAUAAGGCAAUCAUUAAAUUUUUAAUAGGCACAACUAACUUGACGCCUUCGAAAACACCCGCAAAGAGUCUCGUGUCCUCCUGGCUAGGAUCUUUAAGUAACACCGUUAAGUAUGGCAAUCAGAUGAUCGACGCUAUGCACAAACGAACUAACGACAUCGUGAACGUGUUGCCCAAUAAAGCACUUUAUUUGGGACAAACAAGUUAG